AUGUAUAAAAGGGAGGAUGAAGUAACGGACACUGCUUAUCUUGAUUUCGAUGAAUUUUCGACGGAAACGUUAAAAGACGUGUCAGAAAAAUAUUCUUAUGAAAAUGACGUCGUCGAUUCGAAAAUGAAAGAAAAAUUUAAAUAUAAUUCGGACGAGGACGACGGGAGUGGAGGUAGCGACGAAACAAACAAUGUGAUGAACGGGAAAACGACGAAAAAAAAAUUUUCCGAAACGAACGUUGUUAACCUUGAAAAAUUAUUAUUAUUCGAUGAUAAGAAAAACGGAAACGUGAUAAGCCUUAAAAAACCUAAAACGAAAACCCCAUUGAUCGUCGUUAAAACCGUUAAAGAUUUAAAUAACGUGUACAAACAUAAAAAUGGUGAAAUAAAUAACGAUAGAAAUGAUGAAGAUCGUCGGAAAAAAUACGACGUGGAAGAAGAAAAAAUAAAAGAAUAUCUGAUGAGAAAUGACACGGCGGUGAUUUAUCAGGAACCCGUGGAUCAAAAAGUCAAAGACGUUUUUAUUGUUUUUUUAUUGGGAUAUUUUUUUGUCAUGUGUUGA